GACGAGCUCCGCCGCGAGCUCGACGACGGCGGUUCGCUCGCGACGUUCGCGUCGCCGCCGUGCCGCUUCCCGCCGACGUUCAAGGUCGCGAAGAAGCGGGGCUUCUUCUACCUCAACAGCCGCCUGCCGUCCUACACGGACCGCAUCCUCUACGCGGCGUCGGACGCGGCGGAGAUCGCGCCGACGGAGUACGACGCGGCCGGCGACGUCUGCACGUCCGACCACAAGCCGCUCCGGGGCUGCUUCGAGGUCGCGCUCGGCGGCGGC